UAACCCACGAAGUAUUGUGCUUGCUGCCCGAUUUUCGCUCGCUCUCAGCCGCCAUCAUGGUCUCCAAGAGCUUCUACGAUGCAUUCCAGUCCCAUCCCAAAUCCGUCGUCCACGCUGUCGCGGCCAAUGCUGCAGGGCCAGCGCUGCCAUAUGCUGCCCGAGCAGCGCACUAUGCGCACAAGUGCUCUUGGACGGAUGCCCGCUCCCCUGACGACGUUCCGGACGAAGAGCAUUUCCGAGGCCUUGGGUGGGACCUAACUAGGAAUAUGGCAGCAUCUAUCGAGGGCUAUGUACAAGCUGUACACACCCUUGAGGACUUCUACAGCCAGAGACUUAAGGAUCGUACAUCGUCUACCAGCGUGCUUGACGCCACCGAGUCGCAUCGCUUCGCCCGAGCGAUCUACCGGUACAUCUUGUGCUACAACAUCAUCUGUAGUGGGGGCUUCUUCAAGGACAAAGACGACGACAAGUCUGAUACCAGUGAGGAUGACGAGGACGAGGAUGAAGACGAAGAUGAAGACGAGGAAGAGACCGAGCGGGAACAGAUCCGCGCUGGGCUUGUCGAAUUUCUCAAGUCCAUACCCUCCGAGGAGCUACUUGAACUCAUAGAUUUAUGCGUAUUCGCCUCGGAGACGCGCAGUUGGCAACUCAAUGCUUGGUGCCACAUAGGCCUUGCAUACGGCGGCAUGAAUACCACGCCUAUCGACGUGAUGGUUCUGGCACGUCGAUUUGAGCAACGCACGGAAAUUGACCGUUUUGAAGAGCGCAUGGCCGACAAGUUUGACCCAAUGUCCUACGCGGCGUGCGAAAUCUUGCGUGCCCGCAAAUUCCCCGACGAGCGUUUAGUCCCAGGGGAACCUCAAAGGGCCAUCCUCGCGUCUGUGCACGGCGACCAAGACACUUGCUCGCGCUGCUCCACCAAAUACGGCUUACAGCUUUUUGGCACACCGAACAUGGACAUGCUGGCGGGAAAUAUGUCGAUCAUACAGAGGGCCCAUACACUCCCCGGUCUCCUGGCUAGAAACGCGGACGAGACGCGUGCCUUCACACAACAUAUGAGGGAUAUUCAACACACCGUCACCGACAGUGUCCUUGUCGGCCAGUUGAUGGACUUGGACUUGGAAGGCGAGGACGCCGACACUGCUCAUUGGUCCAAGGACGAGUGGUACUGCUUAACAUGUAUCGGAGAUCUGUUUAGACAGCGCCUGAUGCCAUGGUGGCGUGAAGAGCGACGGAGAUGCGGCACGCUCCCUCAGGACGACUGCUGGUAUGGAUAUAACUGCCGCACGAUGACGCACCGCUCUAGUCACGCAACGAAGCUCAACCACCUGUGCAAACCUACUGGUGGAGAUACGCCCAACCGUCCGCCGAAUCUAGCGGCCGUUGGUCCCGCAGUGUGA